AUGGAAUAUUGUACUCGAGCAUUCUCUAACACAACCAACAAUGAACGAUUAAUUGAAGAUUUUAAAACGAUUGAAGAUUCAAUGAUCGAGAAAAAUAACUGUCGCCAUAACUGCGAUGAACAGAAGAUAGAUGAAGUCUGUGGCAUAAGAGAAGAUGGCGAUGGCUAUAGAAUAAAAGAAUUCACUAAUAAAUGCGAAAUGGCAAAUCACAAUUGCGAAAACAACGCGCAAUAUAUAAAAACCGAUCUUUUUAUAUGUAAAUCAGCUAUCGAAAAUACAGAUGUUAAUAAUCAAAUUGACACAAUAAGAAACCUUGUUGUCGUGAGUGGCGGUAUGCUAGGUCGAUCGGAUAAUUUUAACGAGAGCAUAGACAAUUUCUUCGCUGGAACUCACGUUUUUGAUUUGCCGGUGAAAGAAAUGGAUCCGCACAAUACCAGACGGCGUCUUAUAAAGAACGCGGGUCCUGUUAAGAUCUUUGUGCCGCUUAUUGUCAUACCAAAGGAAAAGCAGAAUGACACUUGGCAUCAACCUACACUGUCGACUUGCUACCACAAAUGUCCUACUAAAUGUCCUGACACAUACGCGCCAGUCUGUGGAGUAGCCGGCAUCAUGGCUAGAGAGCCAGCGCUGAUGUUCAAGAACCAUUGCUUCAUGGACGUCGCGCAGUGUAAAAUGUUCUGGGAAAACAAGAGUAGCACGUCACAUAGCUCUUCCUACAUCGAAUCUUCAUUCCUCUUCUGCAUGGGUGAUGAAAUGAAUGGCCUCUACAGAUUCUUGCCAGCGAUAAGGACGUUGCAGAGGAUGGGCCGGCUGAAGAAGAAGGGAAAAUUUCGAGUGAAGUUGAAAAAUUUUAGAUUUGUCAGUGAAUUUCGGUCUGGUAGACCUAAUUUUAUGGGAUAA